GUUUCCAGAACAUCGAAACGGAAAGGAACGGGGCUUGGGGUCACAAAAUUCACAGAAUUCAACAGUAUCAAAAUUUGUUUCGGUUAAACAACAAGCAGCUAAAUUCCAAAUAAAAUAAACACACACAAAAUUCGUAGAAAAUAGGCAACAAAAAUCAGCUACAAUGACCGAACUAACUGAGGAGCAGAUUGCAGAGUUCAAGGAGGCGUUCUCGCUGUUCGACAAGGAUAACAGUGGCUCCAUCACCACCCGCGAGCUGGGCAUUCUGAUGCGCUCCCUGGGCCAGAAUCCCACCGAGGCCGAGCUACAGGAUCUGGUGAAUGAGGUCGAUAUCGAUGGCAAUGGCGAAAUCGAUUUCAACGAAUUCUGCACCAUGAUGGGCAAGCAGAUGCGAGAGACUGACACGGAGGAGGAGAUGCGUGAGGCCUUUAAGAUCUUUGACCGCGACCUUGACGGCUUUAUCUCGCCGGCUGAGCUCCGUUUCGUGAUGAUCAAUCUGGGUGAGAAGGUCACCGACGAGGAGAUCGACGAGAUGAUACGGGAGGCGGACUUCGAUGGGGAUGGCCUCAUAAACUACGAGGAGUUCGUUUGGAUGAUCAGCCAGAAGUAGGCAGACACGCACACACACACACCACACCCAUUUAGAAAUAUUAAAGCAAAACUCUGGAAA